ACAGGGUUGACCGGUGUGUGGAACGCGCCGGCGGGGCUGAGGCUGUGCGGCGGCGCCCGGAGCGGUUUGGGCGGCGCACGGAGCUAAGAUGGCGGCGGAGCGACAGGACUCGCUGAGGGAGUUCGUGGCGGUGACGGGCGCCGAGGAGGACCGGGCCCGCUUCUUCCUGGAGUCGGCCGGCUGGGACCUGCAGAUCGCCCUAGCAAGCUUUUAUGAGGAUGGAGGGGACGAAGACAUUGUGACCAUUUCGCAGGCAACCCCCAGUUCAGUAUCCAGAGGCACAGCCCCCAGCGAUAAUAGGGUGACAUCCUUCAGAGACCUCAUUCAUGACCAAGACGAGGACGAGGAGGAUGAGGAGGGUCAGAGAUUUGAACCUGAUGGCCCUGACUUAAGGAACAGGUUUUAUGCCGGGGGCUCAGAGAGAAGUGGACAGCAGAUUGUUGGCCCUCCCAGGAAGAAAAGUCCCAACGAGCUGGUGGAUGAUCUCUUUAAAGGUGCCAAGGAACAUGGAGCCGUAGCUGUGGAGCGAGUGUCCAAGAGCCCUGGAGAGACCAGUAAACCAAGACCAUUUGCAGGAGGUGGCUACCGCCUUGGAGCAGCACCAGAGGAAGAGUCUGCCUACGUGGCAGGAGAAAGGAGGCGGCAUUCCGGCCAAGAUGUUCAUGUAGUGUUGAAGCUCUGGAAGAGUGGAUUCAGCCUGGACAAUGGUGAACUCAGAAGCUACCAAGACCCAUCCAAUGCCCAGUUUCUGGAGUCUAUCCGCAGAGGAGAGGUGCCAGCAGAGCUGCGGAGGUUAGCUCACGGUGGGCAGGUGAACUUGGACAUGGAGGACCAUCGGGACGAGGACUUCGUGAAGCCCAAGGGAGCCUUCAAAGCCUUCACUGGCGAGGGUCAGAAACUGGGCAGCACUGCCCCCCAGGUGUUGAAUACCAGCUCUCCAGCCCAACAGGCAGAAAAUGAAGCCAAAGCCAGCUCUUCCAUCUCAAUUGAUGAGUCACAGCCUACCACAAACAUCCAAAUACGGCUUGCUGAUGGCGGGAGGCUGGUGCAGAAAUUUAACCACAGCCACAGGAUCAGCGACAUCCGACUCUUCAUCGCGGACGCCCGGCCGGCCAUGGCUGCCACCAGCUUUGUCCUCAUGACCACCUUCCCAAACAAAGAGCUGGCUGACGAGAGCCAGACCCUGAAGGAAGCCAACCUGCUCAAUGCCGUCAUCGUGCAGCGGUUAACAUAACUGCCUGGCCCAGCCAGCAGCCUCAUCUCCUUCCUGUGUCCCCCACGGCCAGCUGCCCCGUGGAGACCACCCCUCCACCCCCUCCCGCACACCCAGCAGUCCAGUGCCAUGUCUCCUCCAUAGCUCUGCGUUCUUAGAUCUCAGUUGGACAUUUGUUUUCUCCUUAGUUGCAUUUCCUGGGUUUUUGUGACGAUCAAUGGACUUUAAAGAAAAAAAUAAAAACAACCAAAAAAAUGGAAGGAAUAUCACCAGCAUGUUAUACAGAACCUCUCUCACUGAGGCAGGCUUUGAUUAUCUUAAAAUCAUAUUUAUGUCUAAGGUGUGCAGGGAGGAGUUUUCUAUCCCCUCUGCGUAAAAAUUGCAUGUGGCACACAACACCCACCCACUAGUGUGUCCCCCGCUGCCCCCAGGAUGACUAGUGGAGGAUUUCCCCUGUGUAGGGAAGGGAGUGGGGGGACUUACAGAAAAAGGCUUUUGCAGCCACUCAGUUCCACAAGAACAGAUCUCUUGCCUGGAUAAAACUGGGCAGCAGCAAGAGUCCUCUGAAGCAUGAGGUCAGAUCCAGAGGCACACAACCCUUGUGCUCCUUUCACUCAAACCCUGGGAAGUUUACACUUUCCAGGCCUUGGCCGGCUGAGAUUUUAACUACACCUCCUGCUUCAGUGCUUUCCUCCCUCAUCAUCCAGGCUGCUCUGUCAUUGCUUUAUGUACUCCACAUGCAGAAAUCUGUACCUAGGAGGUAGACAGGGUAUCUUUUUACUGGGAAACAGCUUGUGCCAACCCAGAUGAAUUCAGAGUCAGGGUAUCUUGGUCUGAAAGAGAAACAAUCAAAAUACCACGGAGCACUGAUGACGCAUGGCAAAUCACAUGUUGAAGAAGGGGUGGGUUCCCUGUGCUACGAGCUCCUUGUGCUGUGUUAGCGUUUGCGGGAGGCUUCUGCUGACUGAAGUCAGGGUGAGUAACAAAGAUGGCUUUGCUGUGCAGGCUUCACUCCGCUGUUCAACCCGCUGAGUUCUGACUUGCACCAACUUGGGCAGUAGUCCCAGCCAGGACAAGACGCUCCCCCCAUAAGUGUGCAAGUUUGAGAGAGGAGGAUCACUGGGGUCUUGGAUGGAAGCCUUUCCACCCCCUAUUAAAUGAGCCACAGACUUAGAAUCAA